GCUCACUCCUGCCUUCGUCCUGCCAGCACCCGAACGCGCGCGACUGCAACUUCCAAGCUUUCAAACUCCAACAAGUGCGUGUGCACCAAUAAACGGUAACGGCAUGCACAGGGAGCAUGUAUAGCGUGGUGGCGCACCAAAACUACAAGAAAAGUGACCGUUCGCCGCGCCCACAAAGCGAAAACUCCAAUACAGAAAUCCGCACCGCGGACAACCACAGAAAACUGUCUCUCUACCAGAGAAUUUUCAGAUAUGUCAAGCGCCAAUUCCAGCAGGAAAAAGAUGAAGAAUCAGACGAAUUUAACUUUCAUAUAGCCAGGUAUCGACCAGAAGAAUUACAGAAAUUAGCCUCGAAAACCAAAUUUACAAGGAAAGAAAUUCAGUUAAUGUACCGCGGAUUCAAGCAGGAAUGCCCGACUGGAAUGGUGGACGAAGACUCCUUCAAACACAUAUUUUCGCAGUUUUUCCCCCUAGGCGAUGCAACGAACUACGCUCACUACGUCUUCAAUACCAUCAAGCAAAAGCAAACAGGAAAAAUCAGUUUUGAGGACUUCCUCAGUAUAUUGUCAAAGGUAUCUCGGGGCAGUGUCCAAGAGAAGCUUCAGUGGGUUUUCGGCCUGUAUGACUUGAAUGGCGACGGUCUCAUCACGAAGACUGAAAUGGUCGACGUCGUUUCGAGCAUUUACGAAAUGUUGGGAAGGGCGACUCAUCCAACUGUCAAUGAAAGCUCAGCCAAAGAACACGUAGAAAAAAUAUUUCAUCUCAUAGACACGAAUAAAGAUGGCGUUGUAACCAUUGAAGAACUCGUGCAGUGGUGCUCUAGGGAUGAACACGUUCUAAAAUCAUUAGAAACUUUGGACACUGUAUUGUGAUCGUAUGUGCUGCUGUACUGGAAUUUAUGUCUGAUUGAAAUGGCAACUUCAUACUACAGCAUAUUCUUCAUUUCGACGAUAAACCCCGAACCUGAAACAAUUUCCCAUUUAUAAACGAGAUACCUCCUGUAUAUAGAAUAAGUGUUACAAUUUUGGAAUACUGUACCUAUCUAUCACAUUUCAUUAUUUGUUACUGUAGAUGUAAACUUUGCAUAAACUUUAUACGCCAAAUUUUAAUAUUGUUGUGCUAAAAUGUAUUUUAAUAGAUAGUAACCUUGCACGGUACUGUAUAUAAAAAUAAGAGAGCUAAGUGGCUAAUUUUGGGGCCAUUUAUAUUUAGUGGUUGUAGUGGGUAGAAGAGACAUAUUUUGUGCUAACAUAAAAUUUUCGAUGUUUUUAUCGUUACGUAUAACAUAUUUUGGUGUCUCUACUAUUAUAUUAUAAGCGUCAGUAUUAAAACUCUACUUCAUAUA